CGAGGGGCGGGACUCGGGCCGCGCGGGCCCGGGAGCAGAAGCCGGCAGCGGGAAGCUACCGCCGUCCGGGCCGCUCUGGGAGAGGCGAGGCGAAGAGAGGCGGGGCGGGGCCGAGCGCAACGGGAAGGCGAAGCUGCGCGGGCCGGGAGCCGCGCUGCGCCAGCCGGGCUGCAGCUGCCGCGCACCAAGCGCUGAGAUGGGGCUGGAGACCGAGAAGGCGGAUGUCCAGCUCUUCAUGGACGAGGACUCUUACAGCCGCCACAGCAGCGUAGAUUACGCCGACCCCGAGAAGUUCGUGGAUCCAGGCAGCGACCGAGAUCCCCACCGGCUCAACUCGCAUCUCAAGGUGGGAUUCGAGGAUGUGAUUGCAGAGCCCGCGUCUACGCACUCUUCUGACAAAGUGUGGAUCUGCAGCCACGCUCUCUUUGAAAUCAGCAAAUACGUGAUCUACAAGUUCCUGACGGUGUUCCUGGCCAUUCCCUUGGCUUUCGCUGCGGGAAUUCUCUUUGCCAUCCUCAGCUGUCUGCACAUCUGGAUUAUAAUGCCUUUUGUAAAGACCUGCCUAAUGGUCCUGCCUUCAGUGCAGACAAUAUGGAAGAGCAUGACAGAUGUUGUCAUUGCCCCAUUGUGUAGGAGCGUAGGACGCAGCUUCUCUUCUGUCAGCCUGCAACUGAGCCAUGACUGAAUACUUGGACCCCAGGUCCAGAGAUUUGGAUACUGUAAUACUUCUUUGUUGUUAUAACAUAAAGGCACUACUGUUCUGUUAAUUCCCCAAAUGUUCAAAUUAAGAAAGCUAUUAAGAUGGGCAACCACAUGUAGAAAUGUUUAUUUUCAGAUCUUUUCAAAUAAUACUUUUCUAUAUUAAAAGCCAAGGAUUUCAUAUCUAACUUUAUAACCAGAAUUACUCAGUAGGUUGGCAACACUUAAUUUUGAAGGCAGACAGUUCUUGCUUUAGUAUGUAAGUAUACAUUUUGUAAUGAUGAAUCUAUAAUGAUCAAGGGACAUUUCUCUCAAACACUACAAUAGUUUUGUGUACAACUGCUCAUAAAAAUAUGGAAUUUCUUAUUUUUCUUUUACUUUGGAAGUAAUACUUUUUAAAUUACCUUUGCAGGUAAAGUCAUGGGGAUACUUAGAGAUAAGAUAAUACAAAGAUUCUAGAAAUUACAGUAACAAAAGUAUACAGUGAUGAUAGGGGCUCUCAAAUAUGAUAAAACAAAUGUGAAAAUAGAUUCAUGAAAGUAUGUUCCUUUAAAUAGGGCAUAGUUAACCUACAGGCAUAUUUAACAAGAUGUUUCAAUUUACUGUAUAUUUUGUACUUAUUGUAAAUGUUUCUCUAAUCAGAUUUAAAGAACUCAUUAUAUUUGCUUUAAAGAACUCAUUAUAUUUGUUAUCUUGUUGAGCUAAUAUAUGGGAGGAGUAAAUGUGUCUUCCACAAGGAACUUCACUGGUGAGAUUGCACUGUCUUGAUUACAUAAGCAUAUGCAUCUUCUUUGGUAAUAGAAUGGAAAAGAGAUAUACAAGGCUUUUCUUUCUAACUUUUCCAAGCAAAAUCCUGAAGUGUUUUAUGGCUGAUGUUUAUCUGGCUGUGAUCUUAAUACAAACCCAACUGAUAUUUCAUCUAGGAGAUGCUUUCUGUCUUGUAAUUAGAAAUUAAACCUGUAUUCUGCAUUCCUAUUAAUGUUUCGCUUUACCUUCAAGUAAUAUUGCUGCUAUUUAAUAACAUUUUAAAAUAAAGGCUAUUUCUGACACUUAA